AUGUCUGCGCCACGAUGUCUUCGCAUAGCUAUUGAAGCAUGCCGGCCUCAGAAGACUACAAGCGUCCCGCUCCGACCUCGACUUGCAGCUCAAUCUCAUCCCCAACGGUCGAUACGAGCCUUCUGUUCAGACGCGCCACGAUAUGAAAAGGGUGGUAGAGACAAAUCUCUAGAAACGGGACCUGUAGACAUCACAGCAGGCUUCCCCACGCCAGAGAUUGAAUCAUACAAAAUCCAAGAAGCGUACGAGGAAGAGGGAUCACCGCUCAAGAAGAAUGAUGGUGGAGAUCACUCUGCGGCACCAUCAUCAACAUCGAAGCAUGCAGUGUCUGCAAUAGAGCGAUCAAAGGAACAGCCAGACACAGUGUCGGAAAUUCGAGCCCAGAAACUACAGCAGAUGCCAUCAUCGACGCCGGAGCCGACGAGAUCUUCAUCAGUGGUUGAUGAUGCGGCCUCUUCGUCCAAAGCACAAGAAAAGGGUCAACCACAGCCACCCACAAGGUCGACCUCCAAAGCUACCACCACGUCACCAUCCACUCCUCUACACGCCUCGUCCGGGCAAUUCACCCCUGCAUCCGCAGAUGAAAAGGCCAGACCCAACGUUCCGCCUAACGUCCUCGCCGCCUACCGUACCCCUCUCUACCACCCGAUUACCCAUGGUAUCCCCGUGUGCCAACUCCAACUCCGCUCCUUCAGCGUCCGCAACCUCGAGUUCUUCGCCGACUUCUGUGUCCGCGCGGCGUAUUACCUCUCCCUGCCCUGCAGAGGUCCCACUCCCCUCCCGAAGAAGAUAGAAAGAUGGACUGUUCUCAAAAGCAAUUUCGUGAACAAAAAAGCGCAAGAGAAUUUUGAGAGGAUUACAAUGAAGAGAUUGAUUACGGUGUAUGAUGGACACCCGGAUACUGUUGAGACGUGGUUGGCAUUUGUGAGAAGGUGGCAGUUUUAUGGGGUAGGGAUGAAGGCCAAUCUCUGGGGGUGGGAAGGGAUCGAUGUCGCAUCCAAAAUGGACCACGACUUCGCCUCUCUCGAGAAAGAACUUGAUAAUAAGUUGCGCCUGUUCGGGUUUAACAAGACGGCGGGCAAGAAGAACGAUUUGCUUAGUUUGCUAGAGAGGCAGGGACCCAGGCGAGAGGGCGUGGGCAUGAGCGAGCUUAGAGAGAAGAGCAGGACGACCGAGGAUCCCUGGUAA